AUGGUUUACAGCAAACCAUACCCCACAACUGGAGCCAUGAAGAGGUCUGCUUCGGCUCUUGAAGGACCACCAGGCUGGGAUGUCGUUCCUCCAAUGAUGACCCACUCUCGCCCAUCAUUCCGCCCUCCCUAUGCUCACUUCUCUAUGAUAUACGUGGAUCAUGAUGGCAAGGUCAAGGUUGAGGAAUCUGCCUCCAUCCAAGAGCAGAACACCACUAUUUUUACCCCAGAGGUUCGCCAAAGCUUCCUCGAGGUCUUGGGGGAACGCAUUGGUUACCAAUCUUCUCGCCAUACUCUAGACACCUCUCCCCGCCGGGUGAGACGCCGCAAGGGAAACUCUUCCUUCUCCGGCCCUGAGGACCGCUUGGUCGAACAGGCUUCCGAUAGCGAGGAUUUUAUCAAUGGCUCAGAUGAAAUGGUUCCUCUCCGCAUUGGAGAUUCCGCCAAGGUGCAGCACUACUACGAGAGCGCUCUCAAGCACUUCCAACAGCUCAACUGCCGCAUGGUUGCCAAGGCAUUCAUUAAGUUCAUUGAGCCUCGCAAGCAGGUUCGACACCCAUACAACGGCGGCAAGCCCCCUCCAGGAUCGCCUGCCGGUACCGUUGCCGAUCCUGAGCGUACCAAGCCCGAGUGGUGGCCUCCCGGUGUUAUGCACAAGGAGCCCGAUCACCUGCGCAAAGAGUUCCGUAUUGAGCUCUUGAUUCACAUCAUCCGCAAGCUGGGUUACAUUGGAGUUACUGCCGAUAAGCUAAAGGAGGUCGCUGGCGACACCAAGCGUAGCUUGAAGCACCCAUCUCACGUCGAGAUCAUCUACGAGAUCCUCCGGGUCCGCAAGAUGGAAGAGCGCUUUGAGCGCGGCGAGGUUGACUCAAACAUGAUCGUUUACACCAUGAACCGCGGGCCCAGCCCCAAGGGUGACGAAGAGGAUGACUCCACCGUUGCACCCUCAAUCCACAUCGAAGAGCCCGAACACACCAGCCAAGGACUGAUGACCCCCAUGUCCACCGUUGAGCAGCAUGUUGCUGCCUCUCUGACCACACCAGUCGAGACUAUCCCCUCAGCCCGCUCCCUCUCAGCCGGCUUCCCCAUGCCCGAGCCCCUCAAGUUCGAGGCCGCCGGACGCCAGGACUGUUCAUACUAUGGCACCCCUCCUCAAUACACCGACUCUUUCUCCCAGCCCAUGCUCAACACCCCCGUCACAGCAGAGAUGAUCAGCCCCCACGACGUCUCUGUCUUCGACUACUCCUCCCAAAACUCUUUCACAUCAUCCACAUCCGACCACCAACGUGGAGCGGGCCACUACGACCCCUGGACCAACCCCUCCUUCCGCUCCAACAUCUUCGGCCCUGUUGAUUACUCUCCUGCCACCACUCAGGCUAUGUCACAGCCUUCAAUGGGCUACCCCAUGCCCAUGGGUCCCGGCAUGCACGACAUGUCUCAUGCCUCCCUCGACCGAUCCUUGCCCUUCCGCACCGGAUCCCUCAGCCAUCCUCACCCCCACGGCAUGCCUCUCUCUCACCACGCUUAG